AUGACUGAUAAAUCGUGGCCCAAACCUAAAUACCCGGUGCCGUCAGAUGUGGUGUCAAUAUUUCCAUAUAAAUGCCACCCAUUAGACGGAGUGGAGCCGAUGUACAGCGCGGCCCAGAAGUGGUCGUUCGAGUGCAGUCUAUUCACACCCACACAACACAAACGCAUCGCAACGUCCGGCGCGUUUGCCUCCUAUUUCUACCCCGAUUGCCCGGACCCGCGCCGGUACUACAACCUGUACCGACAGAUGAUCAUGUUUUUCAUCAUCGAUGACCACUGCGAGACCACAGAAGGCGAUGUCGGCCUCAAGGCUGCCGAAGCGGACAAUAUUAUCGGUCAAUUGCAUGAAGUGUGUGACAAACUACUCGGUGACCGAUUUGUGUCGGCCCGCGACUGGAAGCCAUACAUGUUGUCCGCGUACGCCCUCUACGAGGAUAUUCUUGUCGACUACAACGACGUCCAAAAGCGCCGAUACGUUCACCUGUGGAGGGAGUGGACGGAUAGUAUGAUUGAUCAAUGCCGUAAUAUAACCGAUGCUAAACAAUAUAAAAGUGCGGACGAAUUCUACAAGAUUAGAGAGAAUGGUGUGGCGGCCAAAUGUACUAUGCAUAUGAUUGAAUACGCGUACGAACUUUACGUACCGGAGCCCGAGUGGCAGAACCCACGGUUUCAGCUUUACUUAACACUCGGAGCGAGGGCUACAGUGUAUACCAACGAUCUCUACUCCAUAGACAAGGAGUUAAUGGACGCCGGGGGUCGAGUGGAGCGGGUGUUCAACGGCAUAGCUAUACUAUCCCGCGUGGAGGGCAUACCACUGGACGCGGCUCUCCAACGAGUGGCCGCAAUGAUGCGGAAAGCGGAGGAAAGUAUGGUAGAGUUGGCCAAUGAGAUCGCCGGUGCCGAGUGGGCCAGCGCUCACACCCCUAUAAAUAAUGUGGUUUAUAGGAUUGCUCUGUCGGCAGUGUUCGUGUAG